AUGGAGGCUGGUAAUGUUUAUUUGAAAAGAGGCGUUCUUACCGUCCACAAAAUAUACCGUGAAGCUGUCCUCGUCUUUUCAUAUCUACAUAUCCUCAUCUUUUCAUAUAUAUCUAUCUAUCUAUCUAUCUAUCUAUCGACGUCUUUUCAUAUUUAUCCAUCUGUAUCUAUCUAUCUGUCUCUCUAUCUCAGUCUAUUCAUUAUCUAUCUAUCCAUCCAUCCAUCUAUCUAUCUAUCUCAGCCUAGUCAUAUCUAUCUAUCUAUCUAUCUCAGCCUAGUCAUAUCUAUCUAUCUAUCUAUCUCAGCCUAUUCAUAUCUAUCUAUCUAUCUCAGCCUAUUCAUAUCUAUCUAUCUAUCUCAGCCUAUUCAUAUCUAUCUAUCUAUCUCAGCCUAUUCAUAUCUAUCUAUCUAUCUCAGCCUAAGAUAUCUAUCUAUCUAUUCUAUUCAGUUAUAUAUCUAUCUAUCUAUCUCAGCCUAUUCAUAUCUAUCUAUCUAUCUCAGCCUAUUCAUAUCUAUCUAUCUCAGCCUAUUCAUAUCUAUCUAUCUAUCUAUCUCUCAGCCUAUUCAUAUCUAUCUAUUUGUCUAUCUAUCUCAGCCUAUUCAUAUCUAUCUAUCUAUCUGUCUAUCUAUCUCAGCCUAUUCAUAUCUAUCUAUCUGUCUAUCUAUCUCAGCCUAUUCAUAUCUAUCUAUCUUAGUCUAUUCCUAUCUAUCAAUCUAUCUCAGUCUAUUCAUAUCUAUCUUAUCUAUUCAUAUCUAUCUAUCUAUCUUAGUCUAUUCAUAUCUAUCUAUCUAUCUUAGUCUAUUCAUAUCUAUCUAUCUAUCUAUCUAUCUUAGUCUAUUCAUAUCUAUCUAUCUAUCUAUCUUACUGACGACUUUCCAUCAAUACCCUCGUAUCGGUAUUUAUGUCGAACCCAGAAAUAUUAAAAUAUCUCAUCCCAUUCACACUCUAUCUAUCUAUCUAUCUAUCUAUCUAUCUAUCUAUCUAUCUAAGCAACCAAAACGAAUUAAAACAAAUACAAAAAAAAAGGAAAACUUCUUUUCUGCUACAUCAAAAUUGUUCUUUCUUUCUCUUUCUUGCACUCUCAAUUCGAUCUCUAAAGUGCGUCUCGCAAUAAAACCAAAUGUUCAUGUAGACAGCACGAAAUCAACCUAA